GAUAGUUAAUUUUAUAAAGCACAAAAAAAUAAAAAAUAAAAAAACUACCACCUCCUCUCUAACAUUAUAUCAGAAAAACAUCUCAAACGUUUGAAGCCCUAAUUCUCCAUCGAUCACUCACUUCACUCCCGCGCUCCAAAUUGAAGCUCCGAUCAGGUUGAUCCAUGGAUCCAGAAGCUGCCCGAACUGCCCGGGAAUCCCUGGAGUUAGUUUUUCAGAUGUCAAAUAUUGUUGACACAGGAUUAGAUCGCCACACACUUUCUGUAUUGAUUGCCCUUUGUGACCUCGGUUUAAACCCUGAAGCACUUGCUGCUGUUGUCAAGGAGUUCCGGCGGGACCCACCAUUAACCACCACCACCACCACAACACCACCAUCUCCACCGCUUCCUUGAUCACAUAAUUCUUCUUUUCUUUCAACUUUUUCUGCUUCAUCUUUCCAUUUUAAAAUGACUUUUACCCCAUGAAAAUAUAUGCAAUUUGUAUGUUAUGAAGAGCUUUUCCA